AUGCUCACAUUUCGAAAGGCGCUCAUAGUAGCUGCCGUCUUCGUCACCCUCAUUCUCUUCCUACGAUCGUCGCAUCCUUCCUCCGAGUCGGCAGUAGCCGCGUCCCCAGAGACGGUUGCUUAUGAGAUCAGUCAAGAAACAAAGGAAAAAGCGCCAAACCAGAAUGCAGAAUCGACACAACAGCAGCCGAUGAAGGAGCCUCCUCCGCCUCCUACUGCUCCCUUGCGCGAACGUUUGCACUAUCAUUUCCCAUAUGAUCUGGAAGCCAAGUUCCCCGCGUACAUCUGGCAGACGUGGAAGUAUACUCCGGCUUCUGUGUGGUUCAGUCAGGAUUUACGACAACCGGAGGCGAGCUGGACUGAGAUGAACCCUAGUUUCGUUCACCAAGUUGUACCGGACGAUACCCUUCAUCAUCUCAUAAAAUACCUAUACGGUUCAAUUCCCGACGUGCUCGAGGCGUUUAAUUCAUUGCCGAUACCUGUGUUAAAAGCCGACUUCUUCAGAUACCUGAUCCUUCUUGCGCGUGGCGGGGUCUACAGCGAUAUUGACACCACCGCGUUGAAACCCGUGGUAGACUGGCUACCAGACAGCGUUGACCUGUCGACGAUUGGCUUCGUCGUCGGGAUUGAGGCUGACCCCGAUCGACCUGAUUGGCAUGACUGGUAUUCUCGCAGAAUCCAGUUCUGCCAGUGGACCAUUCAGUCCAAACCGGGCCAUCCUAUUUUGUUAGACAUCGUGACAUACAUCACCGAAGAAACUCUUAGGAUGAAAAAGGCAGGUAUACUGAAGAAGGGGAAGAUGGACAAGACCAUUGUUGAAUUCACUGGACCAGCAGCUUGGACUGAUGCAGUGUUCCGGUAUUUCAAUGACCCCGAAUACUUCCAUGUCGAGCCUGGAACCACCCGCAAUAUCACAUGGGAGGAUUUCACGAACCAAAUUGAAUACCAGAAGGUUGGCGAUGUGAUGGUCUUACCAAUCACCAGCUUUAGUCCCGGAGUGCAGCAAAUGGGUGCUCAGGGCAUAGAUGACCCUAUGGCAUUCGUCAAACAUGACUUUGAAGGAACAUGGAAAACUGAUCCCUCGCUAUAA